AUGUCGUUAAAAAAGAAUGAAGAAAUAACGAGCAGCAAUUCAGUUGGUAGUUUCUAUCAAGAUAAGACCGCUGUAUUUCAAGAAGCUAGGAUAUUCAACCAAUCGCCGAUAAGUCCUAGGAAAUCUAGGAUUUUAUUGACCAAACUAGCUUACUUGCUAUCUAUUGGUGAGACUUUCAGCAAGACUGAGUCAACCUCUCUAUUCUUCUCUGUCACAAAACUAUUCCAAAAUAAGGACCCUGCUCUCCGUCAGAUGGUCUACCUCGUCGUCAAAGAGCUCAGCUCAUCCGCAGACGAUGUCAUCAUGGCGACCUCCUCCAUUAUGAAGGAUAUACAGCCAAAUUUGGACGUCAUAUACAGACCUAACGCUAUUAGAGCCUUGUCUAGAGUCACGGAUCCUUCAAUGAUACAAGGACUCGAACGUUUCUUUAGAACAGCACUCGUUGAUAAGUCUCCAUCAAUUUCAGCCGCCGCUCUCGUUUCGUCAUACCACCUCUACCCAGAAGCUAAAGAUAUCAUCAAAAGAUGGGCGAAUGAAGUUACAGAAGCCUUAUCAAAGCCAGAAAUAUCUCGUUUUUCUUUAGACGGUUCAUGGCAAUCAACUUCUGCCAUUUCUCAAUACCACGCACUCGCUUUACUCUACACUAUCCGCGAUAAAGAUCGAAUGGCCGUAACCAAAUUGGUACAAGGUUUAGCAACACCUGGUUCAUCUUCACUUCGCAACCCAUUAGCUUUGUGUAUGUUGGUCAGAUAUGCAGCUCGUUUAAUGGAUGAGGAUCCAAAUCUGCAAAGACCAAUGUUAGAGCUCCUCGAAGGAUGGCUUCGCAACAAGUCCGACAUGGUCUCCAUUGAGGCUGCAAGAGCAAUUUGUGACUGGAAGGGAGCCAAACCAAACGAUCUCAUGCGUCCAAUCGCAGUACUUCAACUCGCACUCUCUACACCAAAAACUCCACUCAAGUUCGCAGCCAUCAGAACCUUGAACAGGCUCGCUCAAGUUCAUCCACAAGCUGUAGCUGCUUGUAACCUUGAAAUGGAGAAUCUCAUCACUGAUUCAAAUCGCUCAAUUGCAACAUUUGCAAUUACAACACUUCUUAAGACCGGUAAUGAAGCAUCAGUUGAUAGAUUAAUGAAACAAAUUUCUGGUUUCAUGUUGGAAAUUAGUGACGAAUUUAAGGUUAUCGUCGUUGAUGCCGUUAGAGCAUUAUGUUUGAAGUUCCCAUCAAAGCAUGUAGCUAUGCUUGGUUUCCUAUCUGGUGCUUUACGCGAUGAAGGUGGUUACGACUUCAAGAGAGCCGUCGUUGAUGCGAUCUUCGACAUGAUCAAAUAUAUUGAAGAAUCAAAAGAAACUGCACUUUCACAUCUCUGUGAAUUCAUUGAAGAUUGCGAAUUCACAAAGUUGUCAGUUAGAGUAUUACAUUUGUUGGGUGUUGAAGGACCAAAGACACUUGAACCAACAAAAUAUAUUAGACACAUCUACAACAGGGUCGUAUUAGAGAAUGCGAUCGUUAGAGCAGCUGCUGUUUCUAGUUUAGCAAAGUUCGGUGUUAACGUCGUACAAGGUGCUGAGAGUGUUAGACGUUCUGUCAAGGUUCUUUUGGGUAGAUGUCUUGAUGAUAUCGAUGAUGAAGUCAGAGAUAGAGCUGCUAUGUACAUGCGUAUUAUUGAAGAUGACGAGUUGGCAUCUAGAACUGUAAAGGAUGAUUCAACAUAUUCAAUUGGUGCAUUGGAAUCAAAGUUGGUCGCCUAUGUCAACGAUCCAUCUUCUUCAGCUCAGGCAUUCGAUGCUUCCGCAAUUCCAAGAGUCAACAAGGAACAAAUACGCAUUGAUACUAACAAAGCUAUCGUUAAUGAAUCAGCAAUGGGUACUUCCACACCUGAUGUCACUCAAUCAAGUUCGCCCGCACCUACGGCAGCAGCAAGCAAAGAAGAUACAACAGCUAAAUACGCUGAACAAAUUGCGAACAUUCCAGAGUUUGCUACAUAUGGUCCUAUUUUACAAUCAUCUAGCAAUCCUGUUGAACUCACUGAACGUGAAACUGAAUAUGUUGUUAGCGCAAUUAAACAUGUCUUCGCAAGCCAUAUCGUCUUCCAGUUUAACGUACAAAAUACAAUUGCGGAGAAUGUCUUGGAAGAUGUCAGCGUUAUUAUGCAACCAACUGAUGACUUGAGUGAACAAGUACAGGAAGACUUCAUCAUGCCAGUACAGCAGUUGACCUCUGAGAUGGGAUCAACAGCAAUUUACGUUUCAUUCACGAGAGUUUUAGAAGAGGAGUAUCCAUUGGGUUCAUUCAUUAAUACCCUUUCGUUCAUUUCAAAGGAAGUCGAUCCAGAUACAGGUGAUCUUGAACCGGAGGGAUAUAAGGACGAGUAUCAAAUUGAGGAUAUUGAAUUACAGGUUGCCGAUUACGUUCAACCUUCAUACGCCUCAUUUGGAAAUGAAUGGGAGAAGCACACGACUUAUGCGGCCACUGAGACUUUCUCACUUACAGCAUUGGAUAGCUUGCAAUCCGCCUGUGAUUCACUUGUUGAAUUGUUAAAUAUGGAAGCACUCGGUGGUAGCCAGAACGCGACGAAUCCAGCUAUACACACGCUGGAACUCUCUGGUUUAGUCUGCGGUGGUGCUGGUAAGGCACUCGCUCGCGCUAGAAUGGCAUACGAGGAGGGUUCAGGUGUAACGCUUGAGUUUAGCGUUAGGGCAGAAAGCCAAAAUGGUUUAGAUUUAAUUAUAAAUGCAAUACAAUAAGAUUAUUUUAAACCAUUUUUUGUAAUUUUUAUUUUUUGAUUUUGCUUUUCCUGAGUUGCCUAAUUCGCUA